AUGAUUCCUGACUCGUUCAAAAUCGAUUUUAGUACGGAUGGGGCUACAUUGGAUGCUCAACAAAAAAUUCAAAUGUGGCCAAUUCAAAUUCGAAUCGCGAACAUUCCACGUUGUAAGCCAGAAAUUGUAGGUGUUUGGCGUGGUUCUUCUAAACCUACUAAUGCUCAUGAAUUCCUCGAUCGUUUUAUCAAUGACUUUUUGGAAGUCAAUAAUAAUGGAGGCAUUGUUCACAAUGACAAAUUAUGUCCGACUGAGCUUCGAUGUUUUAUUGCUGAUGCACCGGCUCGCGCGUUCAUUUUAGCCCAUCUCGGUCACACUGGUGCUCAUCCCUGUUCCAAAUGCUGGAUUAAAGGCGACUCAAUUCGUCGGGGAGUCACGGCAUUUCGUGGUGUCGCCCACAGACCUCGAACAGAUCAAGAAUACGCUGAUCGCAUUGAUGGUGAACACCAUUCCGACAUCGAUAGUCCUCUUCUUCGUCUUCCCAUGGGUCUCGUCACUCAAGUUCCAUUUGAUUACAUGCAUUGUGUCUGUUUAGGUAUCACCAAAAAGAUUCUCUCUGUUCUCGUGAAGGGAAUUCUACCCAAGAACGGGGACAGGGAGUACGGGUGCGAGGAGGAGGGCGAGGACGCGGCAGAGGAGCAGCAGGAGGAAGAGGCGGAGGAGCAGGACGGGGAUCACGUGGGCGAGACCCUCUCAUAA